ACAGUAUCUAGUUUGGGACACAACAUGACUGGAUGGUGGAAGGUGAACUAGCUCGACCGAAGUCUUCUUUUGUCAGCAAAUUCUUAUGUUCUUUUGAAAGGAGCCCAAAAGUUAGGCAGAGAGUGAGAGAAGUGUGUUGAAAAGGUCUGUCAGGUGUGUAACUGCAAGGGAAAGGAGGACCGUUUAAAACACUGCUUGCUUCUGGUUGGUAUAAAUCAAUCACAGCUUGCCCGCCUGCCCCCUUGUGCAGUGAGUGAGUUAGCUGGAGUGCAGGUGUGUGUGUGUGUGUGUGGAGCAGGGGGAGGAGGGAGGGAGGAAAGACACUCCAACAAUGUCAAGAUCUUGCUCACUGUCGGACUGGUGGGAACCAGAGGAGGGAGCUGAGCUCGAGGCUGAAACAGACUGGGAUCUGGACUGGGAUAGCUACAGCGGGGCCCUGGAGCAGCAGCGAUCACAGUGCCCACUGGAAGAUUUACAAGCCGGGGAGGACAAGGUCAGCAGCCUAAGCUCGUCCAACGACAAGCUGCGAGGAAAAGUCCAGGAGCUUGAGUGUAGCUUUGAGCAGGAGAAGCAGCUGCGGACUGACCUGGAGAGGACCAAGCGCAGGCUGGAAGGAGACCUGAAGAUGACCAUUGAGAACCUGAACGAAAUGGAGAAGCUGAAGCUUAACCUUGAAGAAGUCAUCAAAAAGAAGGAACUUGAGAUCAGCACAGUGAGCACCAAACUGGAGGAUGAACAGUCACUAACUGCUACACUUCAGAGGAAGGUCAAUGAAUACCAGACUCGAGUUGAGGAGCUGGAGGAGGAGCUGGAGUGUGAACGAGCCAUGAGAGCUAAGGUGGAGAAGCAACGUGCGGAUUUAACCAGGGAACUGGAGGAUCUGACCGACCGGCUGGAGGAGUCGGGAGGAGUGACUGCGUCACAGGUGGAGGUGGGAAAGAAGCGAGAGGCGGAGGUGGUGCGACUGCGGCGAGAGCUGGAGGAGGUCACUCUGCAGGCGGAGACCACGGCAGCCGCGCUCCGUAAGAAGCUCGGGGACGCGGUGGGGGAGGUGAGCGAGCAGUGCAACAGUCUGCAGAGAGCUCGCCUCAAACUGGAGAAGGAAAAGCAGAGCCUCAAGCUGGAGCUGGACAGUCUGGGGGCCACGGCAGAAACACUCCAGAGAGCCAAGGCCGCCGGCGAUGUGCAAGUUCGGAAGCUGGAGGACUCUCUGUCGGAGGCCGGCAGCCGGGCAGAGGAGCUGCUGAGGACCAUCGGGGAGCAGAACCUCGCCAAGAGCAGGCUGGCCGUUGAGAACAGUGACCUGAGCCGUCAGCUGGAGGAGGCGGAGAGCAAGGUCAGCCACCUCAGCAGGUCAAAGGCCAUCCUGAUGUCUCAGGUGGACGAGCUGAAGAAGCAGGUGGAUGAAGAGACGAAGUUCAAGAGCACGACAGCCGUGAGCCUGUCCAGUGCCAAGCACGAUAUUGAACUCCUGAGAGAACAGGUCGAGGAGGAGCAGGAGAGCAAAGCCGAACUGCAGAGACUGGUUUCCAAACUCAACAGCGAGGUCACCCACUGGCGGACACGCUACGAAACAGAUGCCAUCCAGAGAACCGAGGAGCUGGAGGAGGCCAAGAAGAAGCUGGUGUGCCGCCUGCAGGAGGCGGAGGAGGCUGUGGAGGCCGGGCAAGCCAAGUCCUCCAGCCUGGAGAAAACCAAACAGAGAUUGCAGGUGGAGGUGGAGGAUCUGAGCAUGGACCUGGAGAAGGCCAAUUUCACAGGAGCCACCCUGGACAAGAAGCAGCGGCUGAUCGACAAACAGCUGUCAGACUGGCGAGGGAAGUGCGAGGAGAUCCAGGGGGAGGUGGAGGCCUCUCAGAAGGAGUGCAGACAAUACGCCACCGAGCUGUUCAAGCUGAAGACGUCCUACGAGGAGUCCGUGGAGCAGGCGGACGCUCUCAAGCGGGAGAACAAGGCCCUGCAAGAGGAAGUGGCUGACCUGACGGAUCAGCUGGGCGAGGGCGGGAAGAGCAUCCACGAGCUGCAGAAAGCCAAGAAGAAGCUGGAGAUGGAGAAGGAGGAGCUGCAGGCCACGCUGGAGGAAUCGGAAACCGCCCUGGAGGGGGAGGAGUGUAAGGUGGUGCGACUGCAGCUGGAGCUGACACAGGUGAAAGCCGAGAUCGAUCGGCGCGUCCAGGAGAAGGAAGAGGAGUUUGAAGCCACCUGGAAGAACCACCAGCGAUCGCUGGAUUCCCUGCAGGCCAGUCUGGACGCCGAGGUCAAGGCUCGGGCCGAGGCCCAACGGGUCAGGAAGAAGCUGGAGAGCGACCUGAACGAGCUGGAGCUGCAGCUGGAGCAGGGGAACAGGAACAACGCCGACCUCGUCAAACUGCUGCGGAAACUACAGCAACAGACAAAGGAUGUGCAGACACAGAUGGAGGAGGAAGGCCGGCACCAGGAGGAGGUGAGGGAGCAGCACAGUCUGGUGGAGCGACGCUGCUCGCUGCUGGGGGCUGAGCUGGAGGACGCGAGGAGUGGGCUGGAGCUGAGCGAACGUUCCCGCAAGAUCCUGGAGCAGGAGCUCACCGACACAGCCGACAAGUACAGCGAGGUCAACACCCAGUUGCAGACAGUGAUGGGCCUGAAACGGAAGUUGGAAGCUGAUCUGCAGCAGCUCGGUGGGGAACACGAGGAGCUGGUCAGCGAGUUCCGUAACACAGAGGAGAGGGUCAAGAAAGCCAUCGCGGAGGUGGCAAGAAUGGCUGAAGAGCUACACCAUGAACAGGACCACUCGUUGCACCUGGAGCGGGUAAAGAAAGGUCUCGAAGCUCAGAUCAAGGACUUGAACGGAAAGCUGGAAGAAGCAGAACAGUUAGCUCUGAAAGGAGGGAAGAAGAUCAUCCAGAAGCUGGAGUCUCGGGUGAAGGAGCUGGAGGGGGAGCUGGAGGCAGAGCAGGCUCGACACGGAGAGACGGUGAAGACGCUGCGGAAGAACGAGCGGCGAUUGAAGGAGUUGGUAUUCCAGGCCGAGGAGGAUCAGAAAGGCCAACAGCGGCUGCAGGAGCUGGUGGAGAGGCUCCAGAACAAGCUGAAGGCCUACAAGAGGCAGGUUGAGGAAGCGGAAGAACAGGCCAACAUGAAUUUGGCCAAAUACCGGAAAGCCGUGCACGAGUUGGAUGAUGCCGAGGAGCGAGUGGACAUCGCGGAGAUGGCUCUGAGCAAAAUCCGCAGCAAAAGCCGCGGCAGCUUCGGCAAAGGCGGCUUCUCGGGUUACAGUUCCCCCUUUGCCACACUAGUUCGCUCCCCCAGUUCCGCGGGGUCAGAGGGACGAGGGGAGAAAAUCCUGAACGAGGAAGAGGCCACGUCCCUGAUCCCCACUUACUUGAACUCCCUGAAGAAGCUGAUGGUGGAAUGAGCCGCUGGUCAGCGCGGGAAACCUCCCGAGUCUGACCGACCCGCAGGACACCAGCCAGGAUCGUACCGCAGGACCAGACCAGCAGCAGCAGCAACAUCAGGUGAAACCCAGCCGGUCAGCGCAGACAGUCAGACAGAGUCUAACGGCAUUUCUCGAUGCCUAGCUCCACGGGUGGGGUGGGGCAGCGAAGGUUCCCAAAGCAAACUUCCACUUACCGAGCAGCGGAAAACUGACAUCCAGCACCAGGCAACAGGAAGGUUGCCGGCUGGGGGCACCUGGACUUAGACGGGGGCGACCGAAAAGUCGUGAUACCAUUUACAAUGGUUGAGAAGUCUUAAAGAAGUUCUCUUCUUUGUAGGAAAAAAAGGAUGGGUAUUAUGAUUUUUUUUUUUAGUCACCCUGUAUAAGCUCAGCUCUCUACUCCCUUAGAUCCUCAGUUUAAUGGAUGAUCGGAGGAGUGUGGUGGGUGGGGGCGUGGAAUCAGCUCUGCUACUGUGGAGGGACUUGGAGACCGGUUGGACACAGCGAUGUUCAUUAUUCAGAGAUUUCAUAUACACCUUUCGUUUUUAAAAAAAACAUAAAUCAUCAUGAGAAGCAGGGAAAGUAACUGGUAUAUUUAUAUAUAUAUAUUUCAAGGCCGCUGGGUUGAAUCUAUAUUGCAACUUAAGCCGCACCAUAAGCACAGAAGAAUCUGUGUGUAGUGAGUCCUUAUUUUAACCUGUACCGAAUUGUUUGUGUAACCAUAAUCAUUGGCGAUUGCCAAUAUACCAUACCUGUGCAUUUAAAAAUGUAAUAAAUGGCAGUAACCUU